UCUUGUUCUUAUUGAUGUUAUAAGGCUUUGUCUGCGAGCAUCAUCCGUACUCUCUGGGGUUUUUAAUACUGUCUUGUCUGCUUAAUUUUAGCCAGUGUCAGCAUUGAAAAUGGAGGAAAGUCUUCCUCCUGGAUUCAGGUUCCAUCCAACAGAUGAAGAGCUAAUUACUUGUUAUUUAACUCGCAAGGUUUCUGAUAUCAGCUUCACCUCCAAAGCUGUUGUGGAUGUUGAUCUCAAUAAGUGUGAACCCUGGGAUCUCCCAGGCAAGGCAUCCAUGGGGGAGAAAGAAUGGUACUUUUUUAGCUUGAGAGACAGAAAAUACCCAACUGGACUUCGAACCAAUAGAGCCACUGAAGCAGGCUACUGGAAAACAACAGGGAAAGACAGGGAAAUCUUUCGUGCAGGAGUGCUGGUAGGAAUGAAGAAAACCCUAGUGUUCUACAAGGGUAGAGCCCCGAGGGGUGAGAAAAGUAACUGGGUUAUGCAUGAGUACAGGCUAGAAAACAGGCAUCCUUUCAAGUCCACAAAGGAGGAAUGGGUAGUUUGUAGAAUAUUUCAGAAGAGCACAGCAGUAAAAAAACCGCAGCAGGAACCAUCCUCUCAGCAAUCUCUAGGGUCUCUAUGUGAUACAAACUCAAUUGUCAAUGAUCAGUAUGGAGAUAUUGAGUUACCAAACCUAAAUCGUAUUGCCAAUUCAUCAAGUGGGUUCAGUAAUAUUUCGGCACACACUUACAACAACGAAAGCAAUGUAAAUAUGAACUUGAACAUGAAUUGGGCUGCAGCAAGAGAAGCAGCGCAUGCAACUCUCCCUUCACUCUCAUGGCCUCCAGGAUUGCUAAGCUCAAACCUUACAACGAAUUCUUUGUUGCUUAAGGCAUUGCAACUCAGGAGUUAUCAACAAAGAGAAGCUACAACUACUGAUUACUCGUUUCUGACAAAUGGGAAUAUCGUUCAUGAGUUUGGGACUGAUUUAGGUUCAAAUUUCCAAGCAUCUUCUUCUUCUAAGGUUUUAGACUCAGUGCCACAGCCACAGCAGGAGCAACCAUUCAAUUUGGACUCCAUUUGGUGAAGCUGUAAUUAAAGUUAAAAUUAACUAACAUCUAUCCUUUUUUAUCUUCAAGUGGGGUAUUUGAAACUGUGACUCAGGACAAACAGCUCAUACCCAAGAAUAAUGUUGUAGUCAGAUAUUGUACACGUUGGAAAUCUUUCUUAUUUGUUUGUGAAGUAGGGGAAGUUUUCCUAACUUUCAAGUGUCGAGUUGGUGCAGCAGUAAUCUUACUUCAAUGUCGAAGUGAGGGAAAAUCCCUUGUUCUUCGUCACUGUUA